AUGUCCACGGAGUUGGUGGAGCGAGGACCUCGCAGACCAAUGGAGUGGUCGCUCUCAGUCACCGUUCAAGCGCACGUGCUUACAAAGGUGACCACUUGCUUACCGUCAGAACCACCAGCUCGUCCAGCGCUGCCAUCGCAUCUGGAGAAAUUGAAUCUAGCAGAUCCGCAAUUUGUUAAAUCCAGACCAGUGGACAUCAUUCUCGGAGCCGACGCAUACGGGCAAGUCAUCAAGCCAAACAUUAUUCGGAACGCUUCAACACCGUUGAUCGCACAACUUUCGAUCUUCGGUUGGCUCGUAAUCGGGCCCCUGGAGGGCAUUCAGAUCAUUCGCAGGACUUCUCAUCAGGCGACGGUCAAUAACACCGAUCGCCAGUUGAGCGAGUUACUCAGCCGCUUCUGGACGCAGGAAGAGCCACCGCAGGACACGGCACCCUUGCUCACACCAGAGGAGCAAGAGUGCGAAGAUCAUUUCAAGACCACGCAUUCAAGAGACUCCGCAGGAAGAUACAUCGUGCGAUUGCCGCUCAAACUUCAUCCACGAGCACUCGGCAAUUCGUACCAGACGGCGCACAAUUGUCUCCAACGGACUCUCAGACGACUCAGCAAGGACGCUCAGUACAAACAGCUGUACACCAAGUUCAUGCUCGAAUAUGAGCAGCUUGGUCACAUGGUAAGACUGAACAAUGACUCAAUAAUCAGUCCGUUUCAGUACAUUCUUCCGUACCAUGGCGUUCUCAAGUUGGGCAGCACGACCACCGCUUUGCGCGUGGUGUUCAAUGGCUCCAGCCCAAUUUCAUCAGGAUACUCAUUGAAUGAUCUUCUACACACCGGUCCAAAUCUGAUGCUGAACAUCGCAGAUCUGCUCAUCUGGAUACGCAGAUACAAACAUCUGUUUGCAACCGACGUCACGAAGAUGUACCGACAAAUUAAGGAAACGCAGUACCAGCUGACCACGGUCACGUACGGAACGAAAGCAGCACCGUAUCUUGCCGUGGAACCCAUCAAGAAUGGCAGGUAUGUCGAUGACAUUUUUGGUGGCGCAGAUACCGCAGAACAUCUACAGGACGUUGCAAAUCAGCUGACGCAACUUCGCCAAGCUGGUGGAUUUCCUUUGGCAAAAUGGCACUCCAUCAGCAAGUCGUUGCUUGAAGCCCUCGCUACCGAUCAGAACAACGCUGGAAUCUCGUUUGACGACUGCGAAACCAAGAUUCUCGGAAUCAAAUGGACACCGCAUGAAGACGCUUUCAACUUUGCAACCAUAUCAGCUACUCAACGCACGCAGUUCACGAAACGCCUCGUCCUCUCCGAAGUAAUACAACUAUUUGAUCCUCUCGGUUUUGUUGCACCUGUAGUCAUUAGAGCCAAAAUUCUAAUUCAAGAGCUCUGGUUACAGGAACUCGGCUGGGGCGACAUUCUGCCUCUCACUAUCACGAAUCGCUGGCUUCGCAUCAGGGAAGAUUUAACGCGCCUGGCCAGGCUAUCCAUUCCACGGUGGUUUAACACAAUGACCACGUCUACGGUUGAACUACAUGGUUUCUCUGAUGCUUCAGUCUUCACAAUGACAGCCGUCGUCUACCUCGUUGUCCACUCACCGUCCACGGGUACCAACACAUCUCUGAUCCGCUCGAAAACGCGAGUGACACCACUCAAAUGUCUGACCAUCCCGAGACUCAGAAGUUACGCUGGCAUGGAUCAGAACGCACCCCUCCAAAUGGAAGGAUUACGUACGCAACAGGGUAAUCCAAAUCCAGGAGAUCACGCAGAACUAUCACUGGAGGCAUGUACCAGGUCGAAUCCACCAAAAUCCAUCGAAUCCAGCUGA